AUUUGUCAUGUGACCACAAACACACACAUACAUAUCACAUAUAUCUGUAUAUAAAAGAGAGAUGAUAAAACUGAGGAACCCACUUGGAUUCAACUAUUUCCCUUUUAAGCUUUCUUUCUCUCCCGAAAAGAACAUUUGAUUCUGAGAUCCAACCAGAGAUGAGAAACAACAACACAAACGAAGGAGAGAGAAGUAGCAGUUCUUCAAAACAGCAACCACAAGCUGCUCCUAAGUCUUUGAUGCUCAUAGAUUCAUGUCUCAGGCUAAGUGUUGUUCCUCUCAGUGUUGCAACCAUCUGGUUAACUGUCACUAACCACCAAUCCAACCCUGACUAUGGCGAUUUAGACUACAACUCCAUCAUGGGUCUCAAAUAUAUUGUUGGUGUUAGUGCCAUAUGUGCUAUUUAUGCUCUGCUCUCAACUCUUUCUACAUGGGUCACAUGUUUAGUCUCCAAAGCUUGGUUCUUCUUUGUCCCUGACCAGGUUUUAGCAUAUUUGAUGAUAACGUCAGUAGCAGGAGCAACAGAGCUGGUGUCUUUACUUUACGAAGGAGACAAAACAGUGACAUGGAGUGGGAAGAAAUUUUGUACUACCAUUGAUACUUUGACUAACCGUGAGCCAGACUCAAUGCUCGCAGCCAUGUUUAGUGGUCGACAUGCAAUGUGCCAGGAAUCCCAAACGGGAUGUGUAUUCAUAGACCGGGACGGAAAGCACUUCCGUCAUAUUUUGAAUUGGUUGCGUGAUGGCAUUGCGCCCAGUCUGUCAGAUCAUGAUUGUUCCGAGCUUUUGCGCGAAGCUGACUAUUAUCAGCUUCUAGGGCUGAAAGAAAGAAUAAAAGAUUCGUGGAGAGAAUCUGGUGAAGUAGAAGCCGAAUUAACUCGUGUGGAUAUCAUCAAGUGUAUACAAUCUGAAAGAGUCAGGUUCCGAGGGGUGAAUCUCUCUGGAAUUGAUCUUUCUAAACUGGAUCUAUCACUUGUGGAUUUCAGCUAUGCUUGUCUCAGGAAUGUUUUCUUCUCUCGUACAAAUCUUCAAUGUGCCAAGUUUCGGGAUGCUGAUGCUGAGGGAUCCAUCUUUCACAAUGCUACUUUGCGCGAGUGCGAGUUUACUGGCGCAAACCUCAGAGGAGCGUUGUUAGCUGGCACAAAUCUUCAGAGUGCUAAUUUACAAGAUGCCUGCUUAGUGGACUGUAGCUUCUGUGGUGCAGAUCUCCGCUCUGCACACUUGCAGAAUGCAGACCUUACAAAUGCCAACUUAGAAGGAGCAAACUUAGAAGGUGCAAAUUUGAAGGGUGCAAAGUUGACUAAUGCCAACCUCAAAGGAGCAAAUCUUCAACGAGCUUACUUGAGGCAUGUGAAUCUCAGAGAAGCGCACUUGGAAGGGGCAAACCUCGGUGGUGCUAAUAUGACCGGUGCUAUCCGGUAAACUCUCUUUUGUUCAGGACAGAUCUGUAAGUCAUCGUCUGGUUUGAGUGUAUAUGGAAGUAAAAACACAAACGUUUAAGAUUCUCAAAGCUUCUUUGUUGUUGAAAUAUUUAAAGCAUCCAAGUGACCAACAAAUAUAUGAUUUUUAUUAACGAAUCUUAAAUGAACUUGGGAAAUAUAAACCUCCUAAGC